AUGCUCGACAAGUCCGAGCGUCCCAAGUUGGUUCCACGAUUCAUCGGUCCCUUUGAGAUUGUCCAAGCCAUUAAUGACAACGCCAUGCGCCUAAAGUUGCCUCGCUCGAAGUCAUGUGUGCAUGACGUGUUCAAUGUUGAUCGACUUGAGCACUCUCACCCAAAAGAAGUUAAGUUUGUCUCCCGGCCUAUCCCGAAAGUUACUCAUGUAUCCACCGGCGAAGAAAAGUUUGCCUCCCGGCCUAUCCCGAAAGCUACUCAAGUUGUACUAGACGAAUCCACCGGCGAAGAAAUGUAUAUUGUCGAGAAACUGCUCAAGAAGCGACAGUUCAAUCGCAAAUUGGAGUACUUGGUCAAGUAUUAUGGACAGCCCGAAAGCGAAGCCACGUGGGAACUGAUGAAGGACAUCAAGCAUGUUGUGCACUUCAAGCAACUCGUCCAAGACUUGGAGUCAAGGCGUUUCAAGAUGUAG